AUGGGUUACAUGCAAAUGUUGACAACAAGGUCACGCCACCGAUCUCCAAUGAAGAAGCCAACAACAAUGAUUUUACUUCUUUGCAUUUUUCUAUUAUGUGCUUAUUAUUAUUUCAUUCAUCAGUUAAUAAUAAAAGGAACUUUGGUUUGUUACAUCCCCUUUUCUUCAUGUGGAAAGUGUGAGAAGUAUCCUGAUAGUUGUGAUUAUCUUCCACCACCUGCUAUUGAAAGGAAAUAUACAAAUGAUGAGAUUGCAUCACAUGUUGUUGUUAGGGAUAUUUUGAAUGCACCUUGUCUUUCAAAAAAUCCCAAAAUUGCCUUCAUGUUCUUGACCCCUGGUUCCUUGCCAUUUGAGAGAUUGUGGGAUAAGUUUUUCCAAGGACAUGAAGGGAAGUUCUCUGUUUAUGUUCAUUCAUCCAAGACUAAACCACUUCGUAUGAGCCGCUAUUUUAUUAAUCAGGAUAUACCCAGUGAUGAGGUGCAUUGGGGCAAUAUUUCUAUGUUUGAUGCAGAGAGGAGACUGCUUGCAAAUGCUUUACAAGAUCCUCAUAACCAACGCUUUGUUUUACUUUCUGACAGCUGUAUACCACUGCACAGUUUUGGCUAUAUUUAUGACUACUUGAUCAAUACAAAUGUCAGCUUUGUAGAGUGCUUUGAGGACAUUGGUCCUCAAGGCAAUGGUAGGUAUUCACGACACAUGCUACCUGAAAUUCAGAUGAAGGACUUUAGAAAGGGUGGACAGUGGUUUACUUUGAAGCGGCAACAUGCUCUUGUAGUUAUCGCUGACAACCUUUAUUACUCAAAGUUUCGAGCUUACUGUAAGCUUGGGUUUGAAGGGAAAUAUUGCAUAGUAGAUGAGCAGUACUUACCUACCUUAUUCAAUAUUGUUGAUCCUGGUGGAAUUGCAAAUUGGUCAGUAACACAUGUUGAUUGGUCCAAAAGAGGCUGGCAUCCUAAGACAUAUGGGGUUGAGGAUGUUACAUACCAGCUCUUGAACAAUAUAUCGUCCGUUGAUGUCAGCAUGCACGUUACCAGCAACAUGAAGAAAGAAAUUAAAAGACAGCCUUGCUUAUGGAAUGGAAUUCAGAGGCCAUGUUACUUGUUUGCUAGGAAAUUCACUCCUCAAACAAUAGACAAGUUGUUGCACAUCUUUUCCAAUUAUUCAAUCAACUGA